GGGCGGCGCUUUCGGCUACAGCUGUUGUUAACAUGACACUCACAGCUAAUUCGAAUGUACUUGGAUGAAUAUAUCAUUCAUUCUUAUGUGUAACGAAGAAACUGAUUCAUAAUGGAUCACUUAGGAGAUAAGAGUUUUAAUCUAGACUCCCCGUCUAAACAGAGUUAUGUUGGGAGUUUUUACCAGCCUCCAGAGACGCUGUCAAGGCGACUGUACAUGAACACAAUCACAGAUCAACUGGACAAAAAGAGCUCAGGUGUACAGGACAUCAGUCCACAGCUUUAUCAAAGAGUACCUGAUGCCGGAAGUAGAGCAGUGAUAUCCGCCCUGAAAACACUGCAGGAGAAGAUGCGACGCUUGGAGCUGGAGAGAGUUCAGGCAGAGAGGAACAUCCAACAAUUCUCUCAUGCUACUCGACACCAGGCAGAUGCUUCUGCGCAGAGAGAACCGGAGAACAGCACACGAGAGAAUCACUCCACACAGAGGAAUGGGCUGGUUUCUAAGCUUCAUUCUGCAGAAAAGCGUUGCUCUCAGCUGGAAAAACAGCUCGAUUAUAUGAGGAAAAUGGUGGAGUGUGCAGAGAAAGACAGAAUCACUCACACAGACAGACAGGAAUCUCUUUGUAAGGAGAGCAAACAUACAGACCCACAGAUGCAGGUGCAACUCAAUAAAUUGGAAAGACUGGAAAAUGAGUAUCUCAAACUCACCAGUACACAGUCUGUGGCUGAGAGGAAGAUUGAGCUCUUAGAACAGAAACUUUUAGAGGAGGAACAUGAACGCAAACUUGUGCAGGAGAAAGCAGAGGAGUUGCAGCGAGAGCUUGAAAACAAUCUACUCUCCCUUUCUGCUGCGACUCAACCUAAAGGCAAGAAAAAGAAAGGCAAGGCCUCUUGCAAGAAGGUGGAAACUGCCCACGCUCCUAAAGCUAAACACCUCCCAUUUGUGGCUGGAACAUCGACCAGUCCCAGCCACUCAGUCAAUGCCAAUGUUCAGAGUGUGCUGCACAUGAUGAAGCACAGAAACCCGCGGCUGUGUGAGAGAGUGAGCGCUCUGCAUAAGUCAGGUUCUGAGAACCAACGGGUCCAUCGCAGGCCUCCGUCCUCCCCCAGCAAGGCAGCUUCCACAAUGGGCAGCCUAUCUGAACUUCUGCUCGCCCUUCAGGAUGAACUGGGACAGAUGAGCUUUGAACACCAGGAACUGGUCAAACAGAUAGACGAGACCAUUAAACGAGAGCUUCGUGACGAUCUGGAACGAGAGCUGGACUGUCUGGUCAAAAGAAUGGAGGAGAAAGCCGCUCAAAUCACCCAACUGCGCAAACAUCAGCAAACAGUUCAGAAACUCUCCCAGCCAUCCUGUAGCCCCAAGCAGAAGCAGCAGAAGCCACAUCGGACCGCCAGUAUAGAGGGAAAAACAAGGGCACAGAGUGGUGUACAACCAUUGCCACCAUCUCCUGUCAAAGCCUCACCCAGCACGGGUCAGAAACAGAGCAGGAGCAGUCAUGAGUCCCUGAAGCUCCUCAGAGAGACACAGAAGCUGUGUUCUAGCCUCCGCAGACAAGACAUCACAUGGGAGACGUAGUUAUAUUAUCCUGAAACAC